AUGCAUGAAGAUUGGCUUAAAGGUAUUGACAAAUCUUUAAAAAAUCACAGUCAGUCUAUUGCUGACUACAAGAAAAGUAUAGAUUUUUUACAUAGUGCUAUGGACGUACAUGAUGGAAGCAUAAGGAACUUACUUAAUGCUAACAAUAACUUACCAGGAACUAUUAAAGCAUUUAUAAAGUCCUUUGUAAAACCUGGUGCUCUAACAUUUAGGUCUUUGAGAGCAAGAGCAUUGAAGUCAAGAGAUGCAGAAACUCCAACAGAAGGAACUGAAACAACAGAAACUCCAGAAGAACCACCAAAACCAACAGCUAAUGAAAUAUUGUUCGAAUAUUUUCCAAGGUACUCUGUUCUCAUUGCAUACAUUCAAGAAAUACUUAAGAAAGCAGACUUGAUUUUAGGAGAUGAUGAAAGUUCUGUAUAUCUUUCGUUCCAGUUUCAAAUAGCAGAACUUUUGAGACAGAUAUGCUUAAUAUAUGACAACAUCUCUGAUUUCACAAGAUAUGAUGACGACCAUGACCCCGAACACGGUGAAGAAGAAGUUUUACAAACAUCCAUUAAGACAGGAAAGGUUUUAACACAAAGUCUCAUUAUUGACACCAAAGAUGGCGAAGUGGACGUUCUUCAAGAGCUGAAGAAAAAUACUUCUUCGGGAGGUGGUGGUAGGCAUGAACUUGAAAUAAAUGAGAUAGAAGAGAAAUUAGCCGAAAAAGCAGAUAAAGAACAUAAACACAAUAUCUCCGAUAUAAAUGAACUUCAAGCUACAUUAAAUAGUAAAGCAGAUAAAAAUGAACUUGACGCAAUGAACAAAGUUUUGAAAUCUCAUAAACACAAUAUCUCCGAUAUAAAUGAACUUCAAGCUACAUUAAAUAGUAAAGCGGACAAGAACCAUGUUCAUUAUAUAACUUCAGACGAACAGAUUAUAACGGACUACCAUGGAUAUUUAACACGAAGUGAUGAAGCGAAGACAAAAAAUGUUAAUGAAAGAAGAUAUAAAUACAUUCGUGCUAAAGGUUAUGACAUAAGCUGUACUGUACAGUAUGAUGUAGCUAAAGCACCAGAAGCAUUUGGUUAUACCGGUGAAAUUUAUGCCUCUACUUUCAAUGUUAACGGUGUAUUAGUUGAACCAAGAUUUACUUUGAGAGUUAAGUCAAAAAUAACGUUUGAAGAUGCUAUUAAA